AUGGUAUCUGUUGGAAAUAGUAUUUAGCAUAAUAAAAUAACAAUGUCUAAUACAGACAUGAGUUAAUACGAAGGUUUAGAAAAGACUCUUUCGAAUCUUUCUAUGUUAGACGAGACUCUUAGUUAUGUUAUUUAGAGAUUUGAUAAUCAACAAAAUUAGUAUAAAAACAAGAUCUAAUAAUAUUUAGACAGAAUUCAUAUCUGCCAAAAAAAGAUUGCAGCUUUAUAAGAAUAGAAGAAAGCUAUUACUUUUGUUAGUCCUUCGUCUUUUGUACAAAAGUACAAGUUUACUCAUGAAAAUAAAAAAUCAAUAUUAUAAGAUUAUAAACAAAAGCAUAAUAUCUCUAAAUUUGAGACCUAAUUCGGAUAUUAGCUAAAAAAUGAUCCUGAAUAAGUAGGACCUAUCAUUGACAAUAGUAGACCAGAUGAUCUUUAUUAAAUAUUGAACAUUUCAUACGGAAAAUUCAAGUCUAGAGAAAAAAAUCCAGUAGAAAACAGAAAACUUCCUUUAAAGGAAAAAUUCUUCGGAGUAGGAACUUAUCCUAAGAAAAUUAAGUGCGCUGAAAGUUUGUUGGUUUUGAACACAAAUAUCAAUCCUUAUAGAAAAUACUAGCAAAUAGAUAACCUCAUUAUUGACGAAAGUAAGUAGUAGCAGCGUGUCAAGCCUGAUGACACUAAUCAAAUUAAUUUACAAGUAGCUCCUGUAGGUAUCAGCAAUUAACUAACUGCAUAUUAAAGAUCAGAGCUUACUUAUGUUCCUGAAACUAAAAAAGUUGAUAAUGCUGUUUCCAUUCCUUUAGAUUUCGGAUUGGAUGGAGUUGCAGAAGAUUUUGAUAUUGAUUAUGGAGGUUAAGAUUUGAUUUAACCAUCAGCUUGGUUGAUAUAAAACCCCACACUUCCUGAUCCAUAUGCAAAUGCUCAACCAAGCAGCUAAUCUUAAAAUUAAAAUAACCAAUAAUAAUCAUAAUAAAAUAAUUAUCAACAGGCUCCUAAUCAAAAUAAUUAAUAAAAUCAGUAAUAUUAACAAUAUCAAAAUAAUAAUGUUCCUCCUGCUCCUCAAAUGAAUGUACCAUAAGCUCCUUCAAUGAAUAUUCCACAGGCUCCUUCAGUAAAUAUACCACCUGCUCCUACUAUGAGUAUCCCACAAGCACCAUCUGUUGGUAUUCCACCACCCCCACCUAUGGGAUAAAUGCCUGCAGUACCUUAGCAGGAACCUUAAUAGGCUACUACUUCAUCAGGUGGUAGAGGUGCACUCCUGGAUGAAAUUAGAAAUCCUAAAAUUAGGCUAAGAAAGACCGUUACAGUUGUGAAAGGAGGAUUAAACCCUGGUAAAGGUAAAUCAGAUGAUCCAGGAAGCAUCAAACUUACAAGCACAGGAGCUAACCCAUUGGACAUAUUAAAGCAAAAAGUUUUAGAGAGACAUAAAAGCUUAAAUCCUCCAAAUGCUAGAAGAAAGGGUAAUAGAAAUAGAGUUGGAUAAAAUUCAGAUGAAUCUGGAGAAGAAAAUUCAGAAAAUUCCGAUCAAGAAUGA